GAGCUGCCGAUACAAAGGCCUGGCUGGAGAGAAAUCCCGAGCCACCUGUGACAUCAAGAUCAAGAUCACCAUUAACACAAAUAUUCGUAGGCUCGUUAUCCCCAUGUAAACAAACACGUGCUGCAGCUGUGUGUCCUUUAUCAUGGCCUGACAAAAUACUGCAAAAGAAGGCCACCACCACCAUUAUAUGAACAACAACACCAAUAGCAGCAGCAAUAGCAAGAACACCGAUAGUCAGAGCCCAGCACCAUGAAGAUCAAGCGGCACAAGAAGGCGCAAAAGAUCCUCGCCUUCUUCCAGCACAACUUCGCCGUCCAGCCGCCCUUCACCCUCCUGCUCGACGGGACCUUCUGCCGCGCCGCCCUGGAGGGCAAAGUGCUGAUCAAGGAGCAAGUCCCCAAAUACCUCGGGUCUCAAACCAAGAUCGUCACCACACAAUGCAUCAUUCUGGAGGUGGAGAAACUCAGCAAGAUUAGUCCUAAUCUGUAUGGCGCGUGGAUGGUGGUGAAGCAGUUUGCAGUUCAUCGGUGUGGGCACGAGGGGGACCCCAUACCUGCUUCCUCCUGCGCCAAGUCCCUCCUCAGCUCAAACAACCCAGGAAAGUACAUAAUGGCCACUCAAGACCCAGAACUUCGAGCACACAUCCACCAAGAGGUAGCGGGCACGCCUAUCCUGUACCUCCACCAGAGUGCCCCAACAUUAGAGAAGCCAUCGGAGAGGUGUCUGGCUGUGGCUCAGGGCUUGGGCAGGACACUCUCGACACAUGAGGAGACGACACUCAAGACUCUGAAGCGCAAGCUUCUCAGGGAACCAGUGCAGGAACCUCCAAGGAAGAAGAAGAAGACCAAGAACCCUCACUCACUGUCCUGCAAGAAGAGCAAAAAGGUGAAGCAGGUCCCACAGAAGGCUCCGGAGGCAAAGAAGAAACGAAAACGACACAAAAGGAAAGGAGCAUCAGCCAAGGUUGUCACGCAGUGAAGUGGUAUGCUAUAUAUAUAGAAGUAAAGUAUAUUUGAAAACCUCAUCAUC